AGAAGAUAUCCAAGCCCCAACUCUCCGGCACACAACCCCAAUGAAGUUUCUUCCAACUAGCCUUCUCAUCUUGGCUCUGGCAACAGCCACCGCUUUCGCCUACGACCCCAGUCCUCUUCAGGACUUCUGUGUGGCCGUCAAUGACCCCAAAGUAUUUGUGAAUGGAAAGUUUUGCAAGGACACAAAACAAGUCAUGGCAGAUGAUUUCCUCUUUAAGGGGUUCAGAUACCCGGGGAAUACUGCGAAUUCGCUUGGAUCGAAAGUCACACCCGCUUUUGUGGACCAAUUUCCUGGACUCAACACUCUCGGCAUUUCCAUGGCUCGUAUCGACUUCGCUCCGGGUGGCCUGAAUCCUCCCCACACUCACCCUCGUGGGUCCGAGAUUCUGGUCGUCGCUGAGGGCACGCUGCUUGUCGGCUUCGUCACGUCCAACCAAUUAAAUAACACCCUCUUCACCAAAGUCUUGUACAAAGGGGAUGUGUUUGCGUUCCCAAUCGGUCUCAUCCACUUCCAGCUGAACGUAGGAAAGACCCCUGCACAGGCAUUUGCUGCUCUGAGCAGCCAGAACCCCGGAGUCAUUACCGUCGCUAAUGCGGUGUUCGGAUCGAAGCCGCCCAUAUCGGCCGAUGUUCUCACCAAGGCCUUCCAAGUGGACAAGAAGGUUGUCGACUACCUCCAGGCGCAGUUUUGGUACGACAAUUAAGCGGAUACGUUGACCUCCAAGACAUCGGAUUACCCCUACAUUGUCCAUACAUGAUUUGCUUAGACUGACAAUUGUUUCCAAAUAAGAGAAGUGCUCUUUGUGUACUGGUGAAUGUGUGAGUACUAUAGGAUCAUUCUUCACGAUUGAUGUGAACUAGACUCGCUUAGGUUGAUGUGUAUUUGAUUUCUUCUUUCACUUCCAACAGAUUCUGCUGUUGCACAUUCUCCCAAAGAACUUUUUAUUGCUCACGUUUUGUGCUGGAGUUUGUGUUGGAUAUCAGAAUGUGUGGUCAUCUUUUGUCUCCGUUGCAUGGAUAGUGAUACAAUCGUUAGCA